CAGAAAGCCAUGUGAUGCAAGUGUCGCUCUAAUUGACAUACGUUGUUUGGCGGAUACCGGAUCUGCUGAGAAGACCCAGGUAAUUCACUACCGGCAUACCUUAAGUCGCAGUAAAAGUUGCCUGCCUUUAGGAGUGAAAUUGUUGUAUGUAUCGGUUCAUUGACCACAGCGUUCCAGGACGUAUUGACAUGGGUCAGUCGGUCACCUCCAGUUAAAUUAACAGCAUACAGAAAAGAUCUACAUGUAGAUGCGAGCAUUUUUCCACCUGUGGCAAACUUUUGAAGACGCAAACUUAAGGAAUCAUCAUGGCAGUCGUAGGAACAAGGAGGCGAGAGACCCCUUUUGCCGGGCAAAGUAGGGUCUGGAUGAUGUCACUAUAUGGAACAGAUGCCCUCUCAGAUAUCCUUCCUGAGUGACAGCGAUCGCAUAGACCAAAACAACAUGGCCUGCAAGGUUCAGAAUGGUGAAGUUCAACGAAGCCCCAAAGAAGAAGCUGCUAUUAAACAGUUCCGUGAGAAAGUAAAAGAUUUGCUGACCGCAGAUCAUGAUGACCAUGUCUCAUGGAAAUGGCUUAAAGCUAGGGAUUUCAAUGUCAACAAGGCUGAACAGAUGUUUAGAAAUAGCAUGGCUUACAGAGAAAACAUGAAGGUGGACACACUGGUACAGAAUUACAAACCACCAGAGGUGUUAACGAAGUACCUGACAGGCGGGUUCUGUGGCCAUGACAAAGAUGGAUCACCUGUGCGCAUAGAGCCGUACGGCCACCUUGACAUGAAGGGCAUUAUGUACUCUGCCAAAAAAUCGGACCUCGAAAAAACAAAGCUGUUACAGUGCGAACUGACUCUGUUAGAUUGGGAGGAGCAAAGUAGAAAGCGUGGCAAGAGGGUAGAUGGCUUGACUGUGAUUUUUGAUAUGGAAGGUGUGAGCUCUAAAAUGCUGUGGAGACCAGGUCUUCAAAUGUAUCUCUAUUUAGUUAAAGUAUUAGAAGACAACUAUCCCGAGAUGAUGAAGAGGAUGUUUGUUAUUAAUGCACCCAGGAUAUUUCCAAUUUUAUAUAAAAUUUGCCGACCUCUGAUUAGCGAAGAUAUGAAAAACAAAAUCCAUGUUCUUGGAGGUGAUUACAAGUCUCAUCUGUUGAAGUAUAUAGACGCUGAUCAACUUCCCGCGAUAUAUGGUGGUGAUCUCAAAGAUCCAGAUGGUAAUCCUCGCCUUGCUUCAAAGGUAUGUCAGGGAGGGGAGGUGCCAGAGUCAUACUUCCUCAAAGAUCAAGAUCUGUUCAGCAACAUGGAAUGUGUGACCGUCCCCAGGGGGGAGAAGUUCUGUUCAGAACACAUGGUAGAGAAGGCAGGCAGCCUUCUCAGGUGGGAAUUCAAGACGGAGGAAUAUGACAUCAGUUUUGGUGUGUUUUAUGAAGAGGACGGAGAACAGAAGCCAGUCGUGCCCACCAUCCGCGUCAACUCUCACAUCAUCCCAGAGGACGGCACCUAUACCUGCGAAAAGGUCGGAAAAUAUGUUUUGUGUUUUGAUAACAGCUUCAGUUGGACUAGAUCAAAAACAAUCCACUUCAUGGCUGAAGUGAUCAGUGCAGAGAUCGAUAAUGUCAAACCCGAAAUCGACACACUGAUUGAUGGGGGAAACUGGAACAGCUUGGCUGAAAAACUGGAGGCAACAAAAAUGUGAAGACAUACAUGACUGACACAGUCCGUAUUCCAAUGGUGGCCUUCCUUUGUUAUAAUUUCUUCUUAUUUCUUCUUCUGUUUUAAGAAGAUCAGUAAGUGAUCUUAAAACCAAGGCUUGGUGACUCUCUUUUUUUAAGACUGAGGCCUGUUAGUAAAAUCAGUGGAAGAGACAUUUCUUUUUGCGUUUCCCAUGCUCAAUCUUUUAGCUAACCUAAAUUAGGACAGUGCAUAUAAUAAUUCUUUGGUUUGAUUUAUGAAAUGACCUGUGAAAGGAACUUUUUUAAAGGUGUGAUAAUUCUGUAUGACACGUAUCAUGAUUUGAAUGGUCUAUUCGAAGGGAGAAGAAAAAAAAACUUCUUUCUGGCACAAGUAACCUUAUCCAGGUAUCAUCUUUCUGAUUGGUUGAUACUGGAUUGGUGAUCUUGGAUUAAGUUUGUUGUUUGUUGCUCUUUAAUUGUCAUGUCUGAGUGCACUAUGACUUUAUAAAAAGUACAGAAAGUUGGUCUUCUCUCGCAGCAAAUCAGUGCUUCAUGUUUUGUUUUUACCUUUAAUAGAGCGAUAUUUAUUAAGAAAAUCGACUUUGGUACUGAUGUUUUUCCUUAAUCUUUUUAUACAUAUAUACAUCUCUCCUCUAGCUUUAUACCUCUCUAUCAUUUGAGUAUUGUAAUUCUUCUUAAUAAAAUCUUAAAAUUGUGAUCUUUACAUUCACAUGAACUUCAAACAUUUUGCUAUCUCAACCAAAAUACUUUUUUAGGUUGUUUGUUGCUCUUCGUUAUAGUCUUUUGUAGUUCACGAAGUAUUUUAAGUGUGUAGCACAAAAAAAAUUAUAGAAAUUCAUUUCCAAGGAGCUUGCAUGGAUUUAUGAGCUAUUGGUAGGUGUUUAAUGAUAUCAAAAAAGUUAGCGCAGUGUAAUGACCCAGGAGCCUGUCAUCAAUCCGGUCGCUGUGAGUUCAAGUCCAGCUCAUGCUGGCUUCCUCUCCAGUCGUAAGUGGGAAGGUCUGCCAGCAAGCUGCGGAUGGCCCUGGUUUUGCCCCGGGCUCUGCCCAGUUUCC